GGCAGACUGCGGUGUGCUGGCUCACCAUUCAUUGUGAUGGCGGGAGGUCGAUACGUCGCCAGUGUCGCCGCGCCUUCUGUGGUGCGCGGUCGUAAUUUACCGGCUGCCGGUCCGCGCCGCUCGUCUGACAUUUGUGAGCACUGCGCAACCGACUGAUAUCGACAGUGAAGCCUUUAUUUAUAAACAAAUUGUAAUUAAUUGUGCUUUUAAUUAUUUUAUAACGCCAGUUUCAUUCAUGAUCAAGAGUUUCAAUACUUUGUUUAGUUAUGAUAGUGAAAUUAAAGACGAUACAGUAUUUAUUUGAUGUUUUACGUGAAAGCGCACGUGACGACAGACAGUAUUACAUAAAUAUUAAAUAAUAUGGACACAAAUUUAUUUGUGAGCCGAAUGAGCAAUACCGCAGUGAACUCAAGAAGAAACAAAUGAAUUGCGCUAAAACAAUUGGAAUCAAACUCAUUGUUACUUAGUUUUAACAUGGCGGUAGGUCGUAGAAACGUCAGUAUGAUGCGGCUAGGACGCUGCAUCGCUUUCCUCGCUGCUGCAGCAUUCCUCCUGCCUUUCACCAUCCUGCUUAUGGUGGCAGACCAGCAGUACAACCUCACCUACAGCUCCAAACGAGUCUUCUAUCAAGAGAGCGACUUCUAUAAAAUUAAUGGAACAUAUUACGCGCCUUUAACUUCAACUAAUCCGACCAGGACUAAGUAUAUCUUCGAGAAUGGGUCAAGGGAAGAUGGUCUAUUGACAAGGGAGAAAUUUAUGGAAGUGAAUUCGAGGAUGGAAGCCCGACGUGAAUUCUUGAAGACAGAAUGCAGCAGACUUGGGCUCGACACUUCCAGUCAUAAGUCGAAUGCCUGGGAGUAUCUUAUAAAUAGACAAUAUCAUGUUAUAUGGUGUAACAUAUUCAAAGCAGCUUCCACCUCAUGGAUGUACAACUUCAACUUAAUGGCGAACUAUUCGGCAGCAUUUUUAGACAAAACAAAAGAAGUGCCCUUGCAACUGGCUAGAAGAAAAUACGCGAGGCCAACUGCAGAAAUGAUCAAGAAGGCCCAAGGAGAUUCUAUAACAUUCCUCAUCGUACGACAUCCUUUGGAAAGAUUAGCGUCCGCGUAUAACGAUAAGAUCGUACACGCGUGGCCCAAGUCUUUCCAUGAUAAACUUGGGCAUAGGAUUGUUAAGAAAUAUAGAAAGCCGGCAGACAAGACCCGGACAGAGAAGUAUCCAGUUUUCGAAGAGUUUGUAUCGUAUGUGUUGGACGAGGCGAAAGCGAAAAGGUCUCUCGACAUGCACUGGACACCGUACACCACUUUCUGCACGCCCUGCAAGUUCAAUUUCGAUGUCAUUCUCAAGUUUGAGACGCUAGAUGAGGACCAAAAGUUCCUAAUCCAGUUGGCUCAUCUCCAAGACAUUGUGAAGCCUGAAUGGAAGAAUAGCGGGAAGGGCAACACAGCUACCGUGCAUAUCAUCAGCAAUCUGUACGCGAGGCUCAACAGACGCCAGCUAGACGGCCUCUACGAUUUGUAUAAGGACGACUUCCGGCUCUUCGGCUACUCCAUAGACAGCUAUUACGAUAUGAUUGACAAAGAAAAAGUAAGCAGCCACGGAUGAACCGUCAAAAAUUCGAUUUGAACGCUUCAAGAUAAUGUAUCAUUAACGCAGCAAAGGAUCGAAGGCUGAUGAAUGAAGAAUGAAUUAUUCAUCAAUGGCUGGAAAGACUGAUCGCAACACACUAAUGAUUGAUGGACAUUCUAUUGAUCCACCGGCCGAGUGAAAACUUGCCCCUUGCGUCAAUUUUCAAAUUUGUUAUCGCUGCAAAUAUAUAUUUUGUGAUAUGGCGUCUCGUAGUUCCGUUUCCGCACUAUAGACAAUAGUCAUAGAGUAAGGAUACUUUUUUUAUUAACUGUCAAACUUUAAACCUGAUGAUUUUCUGACACCAAUACGUCAGUUGAACGUUGUGAAAAUAAGAUAAAUGUUCCAGAUAACAUACUUGGUCGGCAACGAACGGUUUAAAGUAUCAAUUUGUACUGGUCUUAAGUUAUGGUUAUGGCCCCUCAUCAAUCACCUUGUUAGUUUUAAUGUAAGAGUUAAGAUAACGAAAUUACGAACUGUUGAGCUAAUCAAAAUUAUACGUAGUCGUAAUAGCUGAAUUUAGUUGUUAUUGGAGCAUAGGACAAAAAAUGUAAAUAUUGUUUUAGUUUUAUAAUGCAAACAAAAUUCCUUAGUGCUUCCAUUAUAGAAUUAUGGAAUGUAUGUACCUAUAUGAGAAACGAAGUCACUAAAUAGGGUUUUAUAGUUUUAGUUUUCGGCAUUUAAGUUCGAUAAACAAGCUCAUUUGUUUACUUUGGAACUUUCAAAAAAGUGGCAAAGAGUCAAGUUUGCCAUUUUGGAAUAUUAAAAACAGAAUAAUUGUUACCGUUGCAUUUUAUAACUAUGAUUUAUUGAGAAUGUGAUAGUUUGAAUCAAAGAGUUAUCAAGAAUUUUGUUGUUACAUUUGAAAAAAGAAUUGUCAAGAUUUUUAAAUAUUUAUUUGUACCUACCUAUAUUUAUUUGAAUGGUUAAUAAUCAUGAAUUAAGUUUAUAUCGUAUUUAAUAUGCCAUAUCGUUUUAAGUGUAACUAAUUUAUUUGUUGUUAUCAUUGAGCAAUAAGUUAAAAACGUUAUAAAUAUGAAUAAUUUAACUACAAAUAAUCAAUAUAAUUAUGGAGCUAUAACGCCUAGACGUCUACUUUUGUAGUUUAUUGACGAUGAUUGUAGUAUAUUGUGUUCUUUACGUCUCUUAUAUUAACAUUCCUUUUUCAAAAUUACAAAAUGUAACCAUAGACAAGUAGACCACCUGUGUCUAUGGUUAGUAUAUGUUUUCUUUCACAGAUAAUGUAGACUUUAUUUGACCUAAAGUAGGCUAGUACAGAGGAUUUAUUUAAAUCUGGUAAUAAGUACAAAAUUAAAUAAUGAUAGGUACUACAUUUAGUUUUUAAGUACCGUGAACAGAAGUUUUGUUUUAAUAAUAAUACCAAGUUAUUGUUAUGUGUAAAGAACCUAUUCGAAGUUGAAUAUUACAUUUUGACACAAACAAACACAAUUAAUAUUUUAAUCAUCAAAUUUUCUAUAUUUAUGGAUGUAAUAAUACCAAUGGUCACAGUCGUUACAAAACUAAUAUUCUAUGUAAUUAUAAUUAAAUAGUUUGUACCUGGUUAUGUAGUCGUAUUCAUGAUUGCGAUAUCGUGACAUCGAGAAGUUGCCUUUAUCCUUGAAAUUUUAUUUCAAUUGUUCAUAAAUUAAUAAUGAAAAUGUUAGACGUGGAUCAAGGAGUCUGCCAAAAUGCCAAUAUUUAACAUAAAAAAGUAAUUGUGAAGAAUAAAAAUAGAUUUUUGUACGAAAAAUUGGCACUAGGCUCCUUUAUGCAUGAAAAUAUUUAUUACUUUAUCCUUAUAUCUCCAUUCUUGUUGUUUUCCAAAUAUACAAAAAAGACAAAAAAAUAAAUAAAGUAAUUUAGAUAUAAAUCUCGUAGUUAGAAGAACUAAAUUCACUAGUCGUAGCUAACUUUAACCCUUUAACCGCCGACAACGUAAUAUUACGGUUUUCUAAAGCUGUGUCCGAAUCGCCACAUACGUACAAU